CACCGCAAGCUCAGCAGCAUCCUCACCGACAUCCCCAGCUCGCUCGGCUGCCAUGCGGGCUCCAAGGACUCGCCCACCCUGCCCGAGGCUUCCGUCACCGACCCGGGCCACUACAGCGCCCCGCAGCACGACUGCUACUCGAGCCAGCCCUGGGACACCUACCGCAACCAGUUCGGCCGCAACGGGCUCGCGGGCACGGGCGUCUACUCGCCCAAGUCGCAAUACACCCACGGAGCCUCCUACCGGCAAGACGGGGCGUACCGUGAGCAGCCGCGGCCGGCGCAGGACCCCG